UGACCAGCAGCGCCAUGGUGUUUUCUGCAGAGGCGUGGACUUUCUUCUUUGCAGGCCCGUGGUGUUUGGAGAGGAUCCUCCCUGGCCGGCGGGAUUCACGACCCUUUGCGCAGUUGCCUCGUCCAGAUCCACGCUCAGGACUGGUCUCGCGUGACACGCGCGGCCGGCACCUGUCAGACGGAAGUGGAGGGGCUGACGUGCCGCGCGCGGGCAGAGCUCUAGCCAGGCAGCCCCGAGUGCGCGUCGUGUCCGUGUCAGUGAAGACGGUGUCUGCAGACAGGUCCCUGCAGCGGGAAGAGGGAAGAGCUCCGUGGACCUUGCAGGACGCAGCCUGUGGGGAAGGGGCUCCUGUUCCCGUCUGCAUCGUGCAGCCCUGGGGCUGUGGUUUCCUGUCCUAAACCACCUCCGUCGGCCUGGAUUAUGUUCCGAUUGUGGAGUGCGGGUGCCAGGGGGGGCCUGCACCCCUCACUGUCCCUUCAUGUCCAGGUGGGGCGUCUCCGUCCCAGAGAAACCGCGCGGAGUCCCUCCACGGAGCUCGUCCUCCCGCUGGAGCCAGACCUCAGACCGGGAGCACCUCAGUCCCCGCGGGGUCAGAGGCAGUGCCCUCAUUUUAGGAGCAGAGUCGAAUUCAAACUCGGAUGAGCACAGGAGGCCCCAGGUGGAGCUGUUCCUUCUGCCUUUGAAAGUUCUGUGGAGAAAUUGCAGGUAGUGACGUUAGCAAUCUUAAGUAGGCAUAGGAUGUUUUAAUGAAUAGAUUUCCGUUCUGAGCCAUCUCUUAUUUUAAAACAUGUCUCUAUUAUAGAACUAAAAAAUGCUCAUUAUAGAGGGAAAUAUUGAAAUACUAUGAAAUAAACAAAGAAGAAAAUUAAAAUAAAUCAUUCAUAAGUUGGCUCUCCAGAGACAACUCCUGUUAAUUUUUUUGAUGUAUUUCCUUCCUCAAGUUCUAUGUUUUUAAGAUUGUCGUGUAGGGAACACAGGAAUCACGUCCCAUGCCCCCUUCCUUUCUUAAAAUAGCAUAGUUGAUGCCUAAUUAAAAUCUUUUUUUUAUUAUCAUAAGUAAUAAAUUUCAGCCAGAU